UGGCUCAGCCAAAAACUUGAUCACUUUGAUGGGCUCAACAAUGAAACCUGGCAAAUGCGUUAUUUUCGCAAUGCCAAAUACCACAAGCCCCAAGGACCCAUAUACAUAUUUUUGGGUGGCGAAUGGACCAUUACACCUGGUCUACUCAGCACGGGUCUAACACAUGAUAUGGCCGUAGAAAAUGGGGGAAUUUUGUUCUACACAGAGCAUCGAUACUAUGGCCAAAGCUGGCCGUAUGAAAAUAACAGCCUUUCUGUGAAGCAUUUAAAAUAUUUAAGCCUGCAGCAGGCCCUGGCUGAUGUCGCUCACUUCAUACAAUACCAAAAAUCGCACUCAGACAAUCUAAAAAAAUCCAAAGUUAUACUCAUCGGUGGCUCAUACUCUGGUAGCAUGGCAGCUUGGAUGACGCAUCUAUACCCAGAGCUUGUCACUGCAGCUUGGGCCUCUAGUGCUCCGCUGCUGGCCAAGGCGGACUUUUAUGAAUACAUGCAAAUGGUUGAAAACUCUUUGACUGUCAGUUAUGGUGCCAAUUGUACGCAACGGUUAGAGCAGGGCUUUAAGCACUUGGUGAAGCUGUUCAAUGAGAAUAAGACAAAUGAAUUACUCAGCAGACUGAAUGCGUGCCCAACAUAUAAUGCAAGCGACAGGCUCGAUCGUAUCACCUUCUUCAGUGGCAUCAACAACUACUUUGCCUGGGUCACACAGAGUUAUAGUGCCUACUUGCCAGCUCUUUGUGAAACGCUUCUCUUGCACCAAUCGAGCGACGCGGAGGCCCUGCAAACUUUUCUUGAGCUGCUUUACUCAGUUGACCAACGUUGGAAUGAAUAUGACUGUCAAGACUUUAGCUACAAGUCCAUGCUGCAGCUAUUUAGCGAAUCCUCUGACCAGAGCUUGGGCACACGCGCCUGGUUCUAUCAGACGUGCAGCCAAUUUGGGUGGUAUACAACUACCAGCAGCAGCAGCAACAUUAGCACCUCAUCAACCGGCUCGUCCUUUGGCAACGAAGUGCCUUUGUGGUAUUUUGAGCAGCUGUGUCGUGAUGCAUUUGGGCCCGAACAGAGCCCGGCCGCACUUGCCUUGGGCAUUGUACAGAUGAAUUCUGAAUUUGGUGGAGACGCUUUCGACCACAGUCUGCGGUAUCGUCAAGUGCUGUUUACGCAUGGAGAACUGGAUCCAUGGCGCGCGCUGGGCUGUCAAAAUGGCCACCAGGCGCUGGUUAUACCAGGUUACUCACAUGUAGAGGACCUCGCCAGCAUCAAUGUGCUGGAUAGCGUGCCCAUGAAUCUGGCCAAGCUGCGUGUCAUGUCUUUUCUGCGGCGUCACUUUGAAGCCAUUUAG